AUGUUUUUCCCAUGGACAAUCUUCAUCGUCAACAUCAUCCUUGCCAUAUUUCAGUUUCUAAUGAUAUGUGCUGUAAGUGCACUACUAUCGAUCUAUGCACGUUAUGGUGAUGAGUACUCUCAGAGCGUUCGAUGGUCACGACAAGGAGGCUAUUAUGAGAUGGUCAAGACACUCUAUAACUCUCGUCGCAACGCUCCAACUCGAGUCAAGUUGAUCAUGGUGUCGACAAUUAUAGUAAGCUUAGGAGCCGCUCUACUCGACAAAGGAGCCGCACAUUAUAUCGUACCAAUGUCAAGAUUUAGCAAACCAAACAGUACUGUCAUCAUUACCGAACAAUAUCGGGUCCAAGGCUUGGAACAAUCGUUCUUAGGGUGGUCAGGUACAGUUCGAUAUGGCGAAAGUGUCUCUGAUGCAAUGGCAUCAAUGAUCAACAAUACAAGGAAUAUUCCUGGAGCUAUUCCAGGGUAUUUAUACACCACACAAUUGAGUCCAUACCUCGUCGCAUGUGAGCAGAUGAACUUGGUACUCUUCGAGGCUGCAGGCAUAAAUCCAAACCUGGUUUUGACAAAGGGUGGAUGCCUGGAUGUAAACUUCAUCUUAUCGGGAUUUGUAGCGAACUCUAGGGAGGCUAUCGCUAAUGCGACUGUUGUUCAAAGGUCAGCCAACCAAUGGAGCAUUGUACUCCCUGGAGACCACAACAUAGCAGGGAUGUUUCCAAGGCUACGCAUCGUAUUUCAAAACGUACCUUGUUCCAUAGAGGAGCUAGCAUUGCCAUACGAUCUUACCCCAGACGAGAGCGGCAUGGACCAUAUACCUACAACAAUAACUACCAAGUGCGUACAUCCUUCAGGAGAUAUUUCGGUUAUAUCACUCACCACAGCACGAUUCACAACAAGGUCUAUCAAAUUGUUUGGCAAGGCAGUAGAUGGCUUUUUUAAUAACACCAGCAAUCCAUUUAGGAACAUGGAUGCUAGGAUUCAGAAUAUCAUUAAACAAUUUGGCGUAGGUAGUCGGCCGUUAGUUAUGGAGACUCAGAUAUCUGGGACCUCAAUAGACGCCUUGAUCUGCACUUUUGGGUAUGUUGAAAGCGCCCCUCGCCCAAGAUGCCUAUAUAUCAACAUCGACAUGCUUGUGGCCAAGUUAUCAGAGAAUAACACGGACAUUAUAUCAGCCCGCAACGGUCUACCGUUCGAUGUAUAUGACUACCGUUGGGAUACAGGAUAUCGGACAUUUGGUUCAACCAAAGCGUUUACUAUUGAUCAUAUUCCUCUAAGAAAAAACAGCACUGGGUCUCUAUUCAGUAUCUUGAAACUGCAGGAGGAAACACAUAAUGUUGCCCAGCUCAUGGCAUCACUCGGUCAAAACUUUUAUACAGACUAUAAUCAAAAUCAACUCUAUGUGGUUUACAACAUUGCAGUCCCAGAGCCUGGCCUCGAUAUCCCAUUGUGGCUAUUGGUCCUCAUAAUCCUGAUUAUGAUGACAUGUUUGUGCUUGUGGGUUGCAACAGAGUACUUCCUGGACCAACAGUAUACAUGCUCACUCUAUAGUGCCAUUUCGCGUCAAAUCGCGCCUCAAACCAACACUCGGGCGCCAGCGCUUAUGCCAGCCAGGGCAGAACCUGUCGAAUUUGUAGGGUUUGGGAUCUUUCCUACUGAAAAGGACAUUGAAAUGGAGUCUCGCGAAAGCAGCAAAGCCUUACUAGAUUCCAUACAAUUUGCGGAAGAAGGACCAUUUGGAGAUAAGAACGUGCAUGACAGGCAUAUAGACUAA